ACGUGGAAUGUGACGGGCGACGUCGCGCGCGUAGUGGCAGCGAGUCGUAGAAAAGGGGACAUCAUCCACUGCACGGGCGCGAGAGACGCGAAUCAGCUGGUAUGUCAAAUAAUCAGCUGGUUGACUCCUGUCUGCUGGUGAAUCGCCGGAUUGAGCAGAGACAGGAGCACAACAUAACACGCACUGAGAUCACGCAGAGGCGCGUCCUACAGGAGAAAGCCCCCGACAUGCCGCAAUACACCGGACAGGGCGACACGGACUACCAUGGGAGUAACGGACAGGCGGACACCCACUCGUUGCACUCGUCUCAUCUGUCCGUCCAGGAGGAUCCGCUGCUUAUCCGGACCCACAAGCAACAGACUUCUCAGCAAGUGACGACUGUGACGAAAGUCGUGCGCGAGGUUUCUCACAUGGAGCCGGAUCCGGGCGCGGUCAGCUACAUGUCGGUGCCGUUGAUGUCGCAGGACUAUCAGCACGCGGAUCCCCGCUACCCCGCGGAUCCGUACAUGGUCAGCUUCGACCAUUACGAUCCGUACCUGGGCUACCCGCCGCAGCCGGGAUACCCAGGACCCCAUGGCAUCUACAUGCCGCGCUCGCAUUCCCCACACAGCCCCCACAGCCCGUCGGAACACAGUCGUGCUUCUCCGCCACACGAGUACAUGCGCAAGGGUGCACCUUACGUGGAGGGUAGCUAUAACGACAUCGACCCCGGCUUAAACCCCGCUUUGCAGGACCAUUAUCGCAUUACUCCGAGUCCAGGUGGCCCCGGAGAUCAGUAUGACGAGAGCAAGGUGGCCUACGGCUACGUGUCCCCGUCGCCGUACGGGCCCGUGGGGUACGGGCCCGCCGUGGGAGUCGGACCGGUGCCGAGCGACGUGCCCGGCUACGAGGAGGGGCAUCCGGGCGUGCCGCUCACGUCGGCCGUGCCGCCUGGUAUCUUCGAGGACGAGGUGCACCUGCAGCGGUUACAGUCGCGUCACCCAGUGGUGCCCGGCAUGGCGAGCCCGCUCGACGACGACCAGAAGUCCAUGCGCUGGCGCGACCCGAAUUUGUCCGAGGUGAUCGGCUUCCUGAGCAACCCGAACAACAUCAUCAAGGCGAACGCGGCCGCGUACCUGCAGCACCUAUGCUACAUGGACGACCCGAACAAGCAGAAGACGCGCAGCCUCGGCGGCAUACCGCCGCUGGUGCAGCUGCUCGACCACGACAAUCCGGACGUGCACUCGAACGCGUGCGGUGCGCUGCGGAAUCUGUCGUACGGCCGGCAGAACGACGAGAACAAGCGCGCGAUCAAGAACGCGGGUGGCGUGCCGGCCCUCAUCAAUCUGCUGCGACGGACGUCCGACGCGGUGGUCAAGGAACUGGUCACGGGGGUGCUGUGGAACCUGUCCUCCUGUGAAGACCUGAAGAGGUCGAUCCUCGACGACGGCGUGACGAUGGUGGUGAGCAACAUAAUAAUACCUCACAGCGGCUGGAACCCGAGCUCGUCGAGCGGCGAGACCUGCUGGUCCACCGUGUUCAGGAAUGCGUCCGGCGUCUUGAGAAACGUGUCGAGCGCGGGCGAGUACGCGCGGAAGAGCCUGCGCGAGUGCGAGGGCCUCGUCGACGCGCUGCUCUACGUGAUGCGCUCGGGGAUCGAGAAGUCCAACAUUUGCAAUAAGAUCGUCGAGAACUGUGUGUGCAUCCUGAGGAACCUGAGCUACCGCUGCCAGGAGGUGGAGGAUCCCAACUACGACAAACAUCCGAUCCAGUCCACGGUACAGAACAGAGUCACCGCGCCCGCGAAAGCAUACAGUUUAUGUCAAGGUGAGAAUCUGGGUUGUUUCGGCGGGAGCAAGAAGAAGAAAGACGGCCAACCGGUCCAAAAGGAAACGACCGCGUCACGUACGACGAGUCCUCGAACCGAACCGGUCAGGGGAAUGGAAUUGCUCUGGCAGCCGGAAGUGGUCCAGUCGUAUCUCAGCCUGCUGCAAACGUGUUCAAAUCCGGAAACGCUCGAGGCCGCCGCCGGAGCCCUGCAAAAUCUUGCUGCCUGUUACUGGCAGCCAAGUAUCGAGAUCCGCGCAGCUGUACGCAAAGAAAAGGGUCUCCCUAUAUUAGUGGAGCUCUUGAGAAUGGAGGUGGAUCGAGUAGUCUGCGCGGUCGCAACCGCGCUCAGGAACUUGGCGAUAGACCAACGCAAUAAGGAGCUAAUAGGCAAAUACGCGAUGAGGGAUCUCAUCCAGAAGCUACCGUCUGGAAAUAAUCAGCACGAUCAGGGCACGAGCGACGACACGAUCGCCGCAGUGCUCGCGACUCUAAACGAGGUCAUCAAGAAGAACGCCGAAUUCUCGCGGUCGUUGCUCGACGCCGGCGGUGUCGAGAGACUGAUGAACAUCACCAGGCAACGCCAGAAAUACACGCCGCGCGUUCUUAAAUUUGCAGGACAAGUACUAUUCACUAUGUGGCAGCAUCAAGAGUUGCGAGAUGUGUAUAAGAAGCACGGCUGGAAAGAGCAAGACUUCGUCACGAAAACCGUCGCCGCCAGGAAUUCAGGGCCUAAUUCACCCAACAACGCUAACAGCUACGAUUGCAGUACUCUGAAUCGACCGAUGGCGAGCCAGGGAAGUACGAGAUACGAGGAUCGAACGAUUCAGCGAGCGAACAUGAAUUCGAAUAAUGUCGGUCGACCUACUAUAUAUCAAUCACAACCGAAACCCGGUGAGCCGCUCUACGCGCAAGUUAACUUGGAGAAGAAAAAGAAGCGGCAGUACGAGCUGGGGGUGGGCCAGGGUGGUCAGGCCGGCGGUGGCGCCGUGAUACCCGGGGGCGGCGGCGGCGGCGGCGGUGGCAUAGCUGGACCAGGCGGUGGUGGCGGUCAGUGGGUACCGGAUGGCGUUGGGAUGGUACCAGACGGCACCGUCACCACGUCGGUGGCAGCGACGGUGGCGAACCAAGUGCCGCCGCCGAGCUCGAACGCCACUGCCGCCGGCGACUCCUGGGUAUAACGGGUCCUAGGAGCGGGUCCUACGCGGGACCGCCAGGAGGACCUCGCCAGGAACCACGGCCUCGUCGCGUCCCAGGACCGCGUCGAGCGACCGCCGCCUCUGACUCCGAGCGGCCUGUCCAUGUAGCGGAGGUGUAGAACAAGGAGGAUCGUGUCCUCGUAUCCCCUCCCCCCCCCCACCCGCACCGCACCAGGAGAUGCAAAAUGACUCCUUCGUGAGGAUCCCGGAGCAGUUGAAGGUGAACGAGAGAGAGAGAUCUGCGGAAGACCUCUUAAGACGCUUAAAAUCCGGAUGUCUUUGUUCGAUGACAUAAGAGAGCAGACGCAAGGCGAAUAGCAUCCGUUAAUUUAUAGUAUUUGGGCUCAUAUCUUCGUUCGAGGCUCGCGAAAAAUCGAAAUCGCCAAGUGGUGACAUCGUAGUUGAUUUAGAUGGAUGGUAGGCGAGUUUUAAGGGAAACGCUUGUCGCAGGGUGUUAAAGCAGGGAUAUCGAGAAUGUAGCGAUUAUAUGGAAAACGAGGGAGGUACAGAGAUUUAGGGAAUUGUUGAUGAGAUAGAAAGAGGAGAGCACUCGAGUGUUCUUUCGGGGAUGUCGAAAGUGUACGCGCGAAAGUAUUAUUAGAUAUUGAAAAACCACGCGAGAUACGCGCCACUUCCGAAGGAUGGUAUCGGAAGAGCGGAUCAGGUAUUACGCUUUAUCAUUGGAAACAGACGUCCAUAUUAUGAUUAGGAAGAAUCUGAAGGAAGAGAAUCUCGGGAGAGGAAGGAAGUUUUAACUACGUCGAGUUAAUCGGACGGACGUGGCAGCUGAACGUGAGCCAGGGUGAUAGAAACAGGCAGCUUUCAAGUUGGAAUACGAGGGAAAAGUGUAUAUUGAUUUACUUGAGAUAGAAAUAUUAGAGCGAAGAUGUACAUAGAGUGGCAGCUGGAUGACUGACGGACCGAUGAUGAAAUGAACGAGCGGAUUGACGGAUCAACAAGUGGAGGAACGAGAAAACAACGGUACGUUGCGCCGCGAAGAGAACCUCCGCGAGUGAGGACAAAUAACGCUAAUACAACGAGCAGAUUGGAAGGCCAGGUUCGAAGCGGGGAAAAGAAAGAUGGAGCCGGAUAAACAAACUGAUCCCGAUAACACUCGCCAAAAUAACGCGCGAAUGAUCCUUCUGCCUUAUUUUUGACGACAAGGGAACUCCUUUCUCUACCGCGCCGUUUGUAACGCGGCGCGUUAUAACGGCACAAACUUUAAAUAGCCGGGAAAAGAGAAAGGGGUCGAGCUCAAAGGAGCGUGCUUAAGAUGGUAUAAUCGAAACGUCUUUGGCAUAGUUCGAUUAAGUAUACAUGAACUGCGAGAGAAGCUCCGGCCGACCUUGAGGAAGCCGACCUUGACGCAUUUUUAUCGGAGUCCGAGAACCCCAUCGUCGGGAAAAUAAAGCUACGAUAGCGAGGGAAGAGAGGCGGCGAACAAGUCAUCGUGUCCACAGAGUAGAUCCGGCAAACGCGAGAGCGCACUUGUAGAUGAUUCACACAUCUGCAAUCUUGAUAUACGAUAAUAGUUAUCAGCAAGAAAGAGAAUGAGAGAAAGAAGCGAGAGUGAGAG